AUUGCCUUUGGCUUUUCUGUGUUGUCUUCUCCUGUAGGAAACCACCUCUUCCUCUUCCAAUUUCUCCCUCUGUUCUGUUUCGAGUUGUUGAAGAGGGUUCUUUUUUUCGUAAACUGCAGCAGCUGGACUUUUUGCUGAGGAAGAUGGUUCAAAUAAAGGAGUUUCGAAUUGUGAUGCCCAUUUCCUUGGAAGAGUAUCAGGUGGCCCAGAUGUACAUGGUCAUGAAGAUGCAGCGCCAGAACACAUCUGGCAGUGAGGGUGUGGAAGUCUUGGUGAAUAGACCAUUUGAGGAUGAUGUAUAUGGGAAGGGUUGGUACACGUCUAAAGUUUAUCGUUUUCAGAGCAAAGCACCUGCUUGGCUUACAGCUCUUGCGCCCAAAGAUGCUCUUGUCAUGCUAGAAGAAGCAUGGAAUGCAUACCCGAGGUGUAAAACAGGUAUGCAAUUUCCUUAUGUUGAAUUAUGUGUGAUCAAGUGUCCCUAUUUUUCCAAUUUUUCUCUUACUAUUGAAACUGUUCAUAGAGCUGACAGAGGCCAGUCAGAAAAUGUGCAUUGUCUGAGCAAAGAACAACUAGCAGCUAGACAGGUCGAAACCAUUGACAUAGCUUCAGCUGCAACAGAUUACUGGAGUUAUGCCAUUGGAAGUAACACCUUGGACUUGUCCAACUUCAAAUCGAUGAAAACUGCCCGUGGUCCACUUUUGAAUGGAUGGCAGGUCGGUAAUUUAAUUUUAGCUCUCAUUCAAGAGAGGCCAAAUGUGUUCCCUCUUUUUGUGUGUAUUUGUAUUAGCAGAGUUGCCUAAGCACAUGACAUCACUCCUUUUGUUUUUUCCUGAAACUUUGCAAUCUGAUAUCCAUCCCGGCCUCUCUCUUCUACUCCAGCUCCCACCCACCAUCUCAACCCAACUCUGCCUUGCUUCCCUUUGUGCAAAUCCAGUUCUUCAAUAGAUUUCAGUUUGAGGAAACCCCAAAUACAUCUCCCCCCUACACCCCCUCUCCUAAUUCUUUUACACUACUGGUUUCUGACUUCACUUUAUUGUAUGUGAAAGUAUGAGGAAGUGGAAAGCUUCUGCCCUUUAGAAGCAAUUCACCUCUGUGGCAUCCAAAUUCCUUGAGCUUCUAAAUUGAAUGAAUCUGAUAUGUCAGAAAGAAUUUGUUUGUUUCCUCUUAAAUUCUCAUGCAAAUUAACUUUAGACUGUUACAUAUGGCAUAAAUGUUUGCAGGACAGGUGUGAUCCCGUUAUGACUGCAUAUAAAUUGGUGACAGUAGAUGCACCAUACUGGGGCUUUGGUUAUCGACUGGAGCAAGCUUUACUAGCGGGUGAAAGGGCCCUCUUUUUAGAAAGCCAUCGGAAUUGUUUUGGUUGGAUUGAUGAAUGGUUUGGAAUGACAGUAGAACAACUACAUGAACUUGAAAAUGGAAGUGAUUGCUCGGCAAAUGAGAAAAUUUCCAAGCCAGUGUUGCUGACAGAUGCAGAAGAUUAUGACCAAAUAAUUUCCCACAAUAGUGAAGACAUUUGCAGUAAACAGACCAUACCUAAUUCAAAGCAACAGGGAGUUGCAGUUGAUACGUAGCACAAUCAAACCUUCAUCCAGCAGACAUUCUCAGGAUCAUACAUAUGAUCACUUAUAUUGAGAUUCUCAUAUUUCAAGAGAAUUUUUAUAUUAGGAUAUAGAACGAAAUUUCUUAAAGUCAUACUUCUGUUUCACUGAAAGUUGUAUUAUACAUAUCCUGGUAAACAUUCUUAAUCAGAAAAUUAAUCCCUUGUGGUAUAUGUAUCUUUCUUUUUCUCUUUUGAAGUUGAUUCAGGCAGUGUCUACAUGA